AUGUAUAGCCGCGAAAACAAGAUCAUGAGAAAACUACUCGGCAAAGUAACUGCCGAAAGCAGCACCGACACCCACUCCAUCGGCAUCACCAGUGCGCCGCAAUACCAGGCCUCUUACCGACCCAGUGCCUCCCAGAACGUCGUCUACCCUGCCGGCGCCCCCAUUCUAUGCCUCGAUACCUCCACCGAUCACCGAGCUGCUGUCAUUGCCGGUAGACAUGUCCUCAAGACCAUCCUCUUUGACGGGCUGUCCGUCAGCGAAGGCACAGACCUCCGCGCCGCUAUCAAUUCGGCUUCGAGCAAGGGCGCAUCGAGCUCUCUGACGGCAGACCAGCUCUCCAUCCGAGACGUCAAAUGGCACGGCGACGCCACAAUCUUCACGGCCUGCGCCAACGGCAAGAUCUUCUCCUACGACCUUUCGAGGAUUGCGACAGGCGGCGCUGCGCUCGAAUUCGUGCAGACGAGGGAGGAUUCGCGCCAGGUCAACAGUCUCGAUAUCAACCCCCACAGGCAAACCACUUUACUCUCCGGAAGUCAGGAUGGCUUGGUGCGGUAUUUUGACAUUCGCGCACCAGUACAAAGCAGAUCAGGAGGCCUCACCUACAGUCCUCGAGGUGCAUACAAGUGCAAUGCGGACGGUGUUCGGCAGGUCAAAUGGUCGCCGAAAGAUGGCUUCUACUUUGCCUGCGGUACCGAGUCUGGUGUUGUGCUCAAGUGGGAUGUACGCAAGAUUGCCCAGCCAUUGCUCAAAAUUCCUGCGCAUGACAAGGCUUGCGCCUCCAUCUCAUGGCAUCCGGACGGCAACCAUCUGAUCAGCGGUGGAUGGGACAGCAAAUGCGCUGUAUGGGACAUGUCUAAGAACGCCGACAAGCGACAAAAGCCACGAUGGGUUAUAUACACGCCUGCAUCUGUGUCCGCAGUGGCUUGGCGGCCUGGUCUUUGGUCUGCCAGCGCCCAGGGAAAACGUGCCGCCCAGGUUGCUGUUUCCUACGACGACGGCAGCCACAAGCGGUACGGUAUUAACGCCGUCCAUAUCUGGGACUUGGCCAGACCAUCCAUGCCAUAUAAAGAGAUCGAGCGCUUCGAGAUUUCGCCUUCAGGGCUGCUGUGGCAAAACCAGGACCUUCUGUGGACCGUCGGCCACGACGGCUUCUUCAACCAAUGCGAUGUAGCAUUCGCGCCAAAAGUCCUUGACAGGCAAUCAGUGUCGACCAUGGCACUAUCUGCUAGAGGCGACGCUGUCAUGUUCCUCGACGAGCGACUACACGACCGCCCACGGCCUCCUAUCGUCCAUCAUCAGCCAAGCGUUGUGCCUCCACGGACUUCCUAUAGCUCAAGCCCAACAACACCGAUGUUGAGCAUCAGCCGCAGCGACUCUGAAGAAGACGUUGUGGGCAGUUUCUUAGGGCCUCGUCGGAGAGUGAGCAGGAAACGGAGGCAUAGUCUGCGCUCUAUUCCUGUACUCAGCACUACUCCUCCAUCUGGGCCAGGCCUGGGCGACGAUCUCGUUCUAGGUCUCGAGCAAGCCAUCAAAGUCACUGGCACUUACAAGACUCAGCAGUCUAUGGCUGUUGGCCACGUACCCGCAGCCGCAAGAGUCGAUGUCUAUCAGUACCUUUCUAGCUACUACCUCGAGACGAUCGACAGAGAACUCCCGUUUGUCGAAGGAGCAAAGCCUCUAGCUCAGAGGAUCGCCGGGAUUAUGGAGAAAUACGCGCGCGCUGCCGAACACGUCAACCUGUUUCGUCUAGCACAAACAUGGCGGAUCCUGGCCUACUCCAUGAACCUAUUGUUGAUCAGGAGAGCGCAAUUUCAUCUUGAGACAAGACUUGGACGAUUUCAGAAGAGGCCGUCCAUUUCCAAAGGCAAAGAUAUCCCCAAGCUGAGGGUCCCGAGAGCAUUAGACGUUGUUGUAGAGAUGAAUGGGGAAGAAACUCCGCGACGGCCGUCCACUCUCACGUCGAAUGGCAUAGACAGUAAGUCUUUGGGACCACGGUCCUUGCUCUCCGAAGAGAUUGAAAGCACCUCCAACGUUGCGACACCAAUUGCGAGGGCCAUUAACGAGGAAAAUGCAGACCAGUUUGAUGAAGCUCAGCUGCCGCCGGUCAAAGAGUUGGAUAGCUUUGUUUUGCCCCCUGCUGCUCACAAGGGAUACGACUUCUAUGAUACUGACGCCCUGUCUCAAGCGAUAGAUGUGCCCGAGCCAAAGAAAAAGGAGCAGAAGCCCCUGGACUAUGGCCCCCGCACGCCAAAUAGUCGACGCCCUUUGCGACAUGACUCUGAUGGCUUCUCUCAAAUGUUCUCCAUGUCUGAAAGCAGCCGGCAAACUUCUGGGCUGGCAUCGUCCUCUGAAGGAGGGACGUCGGCAUCGGCGCAAUCCAUCACCAGCUAUCCUGCUCAACUCACACGUCAACGGAAUGCUAAAGAACAGGGUGAAUAUGAGAGCCGCAUCCGUGGCAGAGAAAUCGAGGACUCUCCCGAACACGGCGCCUUAGCGUCACUUCAUGGUCCUGGCGAGAGUGUGCCCAAGGAUUCUCCGGAAGAGAUUUUCAUGAUUUCACAGACGACCAUGGCUUCUGAUACAGCUACCGAUGAACCUUCGACACAUUCACAGCUAGGAUCCCUACCUGCAACCUACGAAGACCAUGCACCUCUUCAUGUUGGUGUUGCUUCGUCGAGUCCUCCGAGGAUCGCUAUGGCCCUUCAACAUGACACGACGCCAAACAUCCUCGAAUCCGACUACCUCCCAUGGCCGGAAGACCCAUCAUACCCACAUCCUCUAGCAUCGAAUCCAGAGGCAGAUCACUCUCCGCCGCUCAACCCAUAUACCCUCCUCUCUCGCGCCCUGGACUUUGAGACUCGGACAUCGGCACUGAACGCUUCCGCGAUGGUCCUACUCCUGAAGCCCCUCGUGCCAGAAUCCGUCAUCGAUCCCCAUCGCGCAUCCUCCAUCCUCCGUCAGCACCACGCUCGCCUGACGGGAAUGAAGCUCUUCAUCGAAGCCGCCCUCCUCCGCAAACUAUGUAUCAAGGGCUGGCCCGAAGGCAUCCCAGACUGGGGCGAAAACUACACUGCCAUCUUCGGUCCCGCCCAGCAAGGCGUCAAGGGCGGCUUCAUCUGCCCCAGUUGCCACAAGCCCCGAGAGUUAGAUCCGUCUCUCGGCUCCAGCGCCCUUUGGAAAUGCAGCCGCUGCCGUACGACAAUGGCCCCUUGCGCCGUAUGCGGCCACCGCGAGACGACAGCCACGAUGCUCUCCCUCGCGGAUGGUGUCGCCGGUACCCAGAUACCAGCCGAUCCGGUGAUGAGUAUAUGGUGGUAUUGUCCAGGCUGCGCCCAUGGCGGCCACGCGACCUGUCUCCAGGACUGGCACGCGCCCUCGAACGAUGGCAGCUACGAGCUAAGUGACGGGUGCUGUCCCCUCGACGGCUGCGGACACGCGUGUCUUCCAGGCAAGUGGCGGGACGAAAAGUCGACGACGCGGUCCGACGAAUUGGGUCGCGCGGCUGUUGAGAAGGUACGCAUCGGAGGAGGUGGACUCGGCGGCGUCGGUGGCGGCGGUAAAGCAGAAGGAGGACGGAGCCCUGUGAUCCCGCCUGGUGUCCGUGGCGACAGCGUUGAAGUGCCGCAGAGCCGGGCGGUAGAGAGCGUUCGCGAGGCGUUGGCGAACGGCACACCUACGUCGGGAAUACUGAGUUCCAGCCCGGGAAGCAGGAAUGGACCUGGAGAGCGCGAGAGGAGGAAGAGCGUCAAGUUUGUGCCGACGGAGCGUUAG